AUUCGUCGGGAUGCGUCAGGCGACCAGCUGGGCAAGUUUUUAAGUCUUUCGAUAAUUCAUUUCCACAGCAUUGGUUGUUGCUGAGCAGAUUCUUUAUUUGGAAUCUAAGAGGAAACACGCGGGAAAUGAACCACUGUAGCUGCUAAGUAACCUAAAGGGCGUCGAGAGCGCAAUUAAAAAGAUGUUAUUAAAUGGAGACGAAGAAAACGCUUAUCAACAGGCUCUACUGGAGCUGCGAAACCUAGGUUUCGACGUGCGGGAGAGGAGCGACGAGCCAGACAACAAAACUUUGUACAUCGAGGAGGCGGACAGGCGAUUUACUCCACUUGCUGCGAAGAGGACGAACCAGGUGUCUACCUCUACUCCACUGGCGAAUAUCGCGACUGUGUGUAAGGAAUUCUGCACUAAGACACUACGUCCAACCUGCAAGGAUCUGGACAAGCUAUUUAUAACGGAUAAACGGCUUCCGGAUCUCUGCUGGAAGAUGUUUUACUCGCUGAGCAAUCCAACGACAGGCGAAUCGGGGUGGUUAGCGAAGUUACAAAGUACUUUGAUACAGAAUUCGGGCUCGACCUCGACGGCAGCUCCUUUGGAGAAAUCAACAUUAAGGCCAUUGACAAUUUUUCUCCAUUAGAGCUCCAUUAGGUUUCUUAUCCGUCUUGUGUUAUUUUGUCAAGUAAGGAAAUCGAAACUUGAUAGUUUAUCAAUUGGCUUUCCUGCGCUUCAUUCGGUGAAGGUACAAAAAGGCUGAUAGAGCCUCAUCAUUGGGAUAUAGACCAAUUGAUACGAGGCAUCCUGACUCUGACAUGACAGUCGCGGAACAGUAAAAUGGAAGGACUCAUCUAGACGUAGUGACGCCGCUAAUCAAGACGCAUGUAGGUGAAGCUCAGCCUGGUGUUGUAGG